AAGAUGGCAGUCUCCACAGGAGUUAAAGCACGUAAUUUUCGCUUGUUGGAAGAAACUAAAGGAGAAAAAAGAGUAGGCGAUGGCAUGGUAAGCUGGGGCCUUGAAGACGAUGAAGAUAUGACACUUACAAUGGGCAUGAUUAUUGGGACCCCAAGGACAAACUAUGAAAACAGAAUACAUACCCUGAAAGUAGAAUGUGGACCUAAAUACCCAGAAGCUCCUCCAUCAGUUAGAUUUGUAACAAAAAUUAAAAUGAAUGGAAUAAAUAAUUCCAGUGGAAUGGCGGAUGCACAGAGCAUACCAGUGUUAGCAAAAUGGCAAAAUUCCUAUAGCAUUAAAGUUGUGUUUCAAGAGCUAAGACGUCUAAUGAUGUCCAAAGAAAAGAUGAAGCUUCCACAGCCACCAGAAGGACAGACAUACAGCAAUUAAUUUUAGCGGAUCUCAAACUUAUCUUAUAUCAACAACU